AUGUACGAGGCGAAGUUUCCCGAGGUGGACGAGGUCGUCAUGGUCCAGGUCAAGUCCAUCGCGGAGAUGGGCGCGUACGUCCAACUGCUAGAGUACAACAACAUCGAGGGGAUGAUCCUCCUCUCCGAACUGACCCGCCGACGCAUCCGCUCGGUGUCCAAGCUCAUCAAGGUGGGCCGCGUCGAGCCGGUGAUGGUGCUCCGCGUGGACAAGGAGAAGGGGUACAUCGACCUCUCCAAGCGCCGCGUCUCCCCCGAGGACGUCGCCGCGUGCGAGGAGAAGUACAACAAGUCCAAGAUGGUCCACUCCAUCAUGCGCCACACCGCGGAGACGACCACCGCGACGCUCGUCGACCUCUACGAGCACAUGGCCUGGCCCCUGUACGCGAAGUACGGCCACUGCUUCGAGGCGUUCAAGCACAUGGUCGGCGACCCGAACAAGGUGCUCGACGAGCUGAAGAAGCCCGACGGCUCGCCCGCCGUCGACGACGAGGUCAAAAACGCGCUGGUGAAGGACAUUCGCCGGCGCAUGACCCCGCAGCCGCUCAAGAUUCGCGCCGACGUGGAGCUGACGUGUUUCGCGUACGACGGGGUGCUGCACAUCAAGGAGGCGAUGCGCGCGGCGGAGGCGGUGUCCACGGAGGAGUGCAAGGUUAAGAUCUCGCUCGUCGCCUCCCCGCUCUACGUCGUCUCUGCGCAAACCUUGGACAAGGACUUCGGCGUGAAGCUGGUGGAUCAGGCGGUGGAGGCGUGCGCGGCGGCGAUCGCGAAGCGCGACGGGAAGAUCGUCGUGAAGGAGGCUGCGCGCGCGGUGUCCGAGCGCGACGACCGGCUCCUCGCGGAGAAGAUGGAGAAGCUGCAGAAGGCGCAGGAGGAAAACUCAGACUCGGACAGCGAGGACGAAACCAUGGGCGACGUGGACAUCGAGAAGCAGACCGGCCUCACCGUCUGA